CACCUACUAUUCUUGGCAAUUUCCAAAUAAAAAUGGCGAAAAAGCAAAACAAUUCUUCAAGAUUUUCUACAAAUCUAACUCCAUCACCCAAAAAAACCAAACCCAUUUCAUCUCCAUCACCAAAUCCAGAAGCAUUAGCUCUGUCUUUUCCUUUUCCUCAAAAUGAAGAACCAGUUCCAUUGAUAGUGUUUUAUCCAUCAGUUAGGAGAAGAUCUUCUAGAUUCACUACCAACAAAUUCAGUACUAGGGCUACUACUGCUACUGAGUUCAUGAGGAAAAAUCGGAACAGCAUUUCACCUGAAAAAACAGUUUUUCUUCUUCCAUCACCACCUACAUUGGCUGGAAAAACACCUCCGGCGGAAGGUACGAGGAGGUCGCCGAGAUUGGUAUCACUGUCAGCAAGGACAACGACGGCGGAGGAUAAGGGCAAAAAAGUAAAUUCAAGGAAAUCAGAGGGUAUAAUAAAACAAGUGGAACUAUCGAGGAAACGGAAAUCGGCAAGUUCAAAAAUGGAUGAAAAAAGCCGAAAAUCUCCGAGGUUCGAUUCCGAUUCAUCAAAUGGAGUUCAAUUAGAGCUAUUAGCAUUGCCGGAGAAGAGCGCGUGUGGUACACUCGCCGCCGGCGGAAGAACCGGCACGAAGCGGGAACUGCUGGCUUUGAUGAUGACGCCGGCGGCGAACGGCAGCGCGUCGAAGAAACGCGGCGCCAGGGGGAGUGAUUCAGUAAAUGCAGGGAACAAUUCACGAGGAUCUCGGAGGAAAGAUCCAGUUUUUGCUGAAUCGCCGGGAACAUCGGAAAAAAUAACGGCUGAGAGUAAUUCAGUGGGAGAGAAGACUUUAAGAUCGAGAAAAAUACAAGGGAGUGUUAAUUAUAAUGAGAGUAAAGGAUCGGAAAUGAAACGGAUAAAAAAUUCAGCAGAGAAAAGUGUGAGGAAGCAGAAGAGUAAUGCAUGUUUCAUCGGAGAGCCGAUAGAUACAGAGGAAGCUCAAGAGAAAUGGCAAUGGCGAUACGAAUUGAAGAAUCGAAAAAUGCAGCGUCAAGGGUGGAAAUUAAAUUCUGGUGAAGAAGAUGAAAUCAUAUUAAAUGUGGAAUGCCAUUAUGCUCAAGCUAAGGUUGCUGGUUUCAUUUUCAAUAUCGGAGAUUGUGCAUUUGUAAAGGGUGAAGGCAAGAAAAAACAUAUUGGCAGGAUCUUGGAGUUUUUCAAGACGACAGAGGGGGAAGAUUAUUUUAGGGUACAAUGGUUCUUCCGAGCUGAAGAUACGGUGUUGCAAGGUGCUGCUUCUUUCCAUGACCCAAAGCGCAUAUUCUAUUCUACUUUAGAGAAUGAUAAUUUACUAGACUGCAUAGUUUCCAAAGUCAACGUGGUAGAAUUACCAACCAGGCUUGAUUUGAAUAAAAAGGAUGUUCCACCUGCUCACUUUUAUUACGACAUGGAAUACUGUGUUGAUUAUUCCACAUUCCGUACGUUGCAUAAUGUCAAAAGCUCUGUUUCCCCUUCGCUAGUUGAUGCGUCAUAUAAGCCUAUCACUACAUAUCCUCUGGAGGUAUCGCCAAGUUGUGAACCUAUGAAAGUGGAGUUGUCACUAUUGGAUCUAUAUGCUGGUUGUGGCGGCAUGUCAAUGGGAUUGUGCCUUGGUACCAAACUCUCUGGUGUUAAUCUUGUGACGAAAUGGGCAGUUGAUUUUAAUAGUGCUGCCUGUGAUAGCCUGAAACUGAAUCAUCCUCAGACACAUGUUAGGAAUGAAGGUGUUGAGAAUUUUCUAGAGCUACUGAAAAGAUGGGAGAAGCUAAUUAAGUCGUACGGCUGUAGUGAUAUCAAAACAAGCUCUAAUGGUGAGCUAGACGACAGAGAUGAAGGUGAAAACAAUGAUGAUUCCCAGUCUGGUUCCAAUGCAUCUUCUGGAGAAUAUGAGGUAUUAAGAUUAGUUGACAUAUGUUACGGGGAUCCCAACAACGAAGGAAAAUCUGGACUUCAUUUUAAGGUGCGAUGGAAAGGUUAUAGUCCUAGUGAAGAUACUUGGGAGCCAAUUGUGAACUUGGAAAAUUGCGGAGACAGCAUAAAAGAUUUUGUUCGAAGGGGGCAACAGUUGAAAAUUCUGCCUCUACCAGGUGACGUUGAUAUGAUAUGUGGGGGUCCUCCUUGCCAGGGCAUCAGUGGAUAUAAUCGCCACAGAAAUACUGAUGACCCAUUGUCUGAUGAGAAAAAUCGUCAAAUUAUUAUAUUUAUGGAUGUUGUGGAAUUCCUACGGCCUAAAUAUGUGUUGAUGGAAAAUGUUGCCGACAUAUUGAGGUUCGAUAAAGCAUCUCUUGGAAGAUAUGCUUUAAGUCGUUUGGUACAUAUGAGAUACCAAGCAAGACUUGGAACUAUGGCAGCUGGUUGCUAUGGUCUCCCACAAUUCCGAUUGCGAGUUUUCUUUUGGGGUGCACUUCCGAGUGAGAGGUUGCCCCCAUUUCCACUUCCUUCGCAUGACGUGAUUGUUAAAUAUUGGCCCUCACCUGAAUUUGAGCGUAAUACUGUUGCUUAUGAUGAAGGACAACCACGUGACCUUGAGGAAGCUCUUGUUCUUCGUGAUGCUAUAUCUGAUAUGCCAGCUGUCACAUGGCAUGAAACUCGUGAAGAAAGGCCAUAUGAGAUCCCCCCCGAAACAGAGUUCCAGAAAUACAUGAGAUUAUCUAAACAUGAGAUAAUGAGUUGUUCAUCAACUGGAGUUAAGGAAACAAAAGUACCUGUUUUGUCUGAUCAUCGGCCUUGCCAACUAAACGAGGAUGAUUACUUGCGAGUUUGUCUAGUCCCACGUAGAAAGGGAGCAAAUUUCAGGGACCUCCCUGGUGUAAUUGUAGGAGGGGAUAAUGUGGCUCGUCGUGAUACUAAAGAUCCAAAGGUUCUACCAAACGGAAAGCCCAUGGUUCCUGACUGUGCCUUCAACUUUGAGCAUGGAAAGUCUAAGAGGCCAUUUGCAAGGUUGUGGUGGGAUGAAACAGUAGCAACAUUAGUGACGUUUCCUAAUCAUCGUGCUCAGGCUAUCUUACACCCAGAGCAAGAUCGAGUUCUGACCAUACGAGAGUAUGCAAGAUUGCAAGGUUUUCCAGAUUUCUAUAGGUUUACUGGUACUCUCAAGGAAAGAUAUUGCCAAGUUGGAAAUGCUGUAGCAGUUCCUGUUGGUCGCGCGCUUGGGUACGCGCUUGGACUUGCCUAUCAGAGGCUAGCUGGAAAUGAGCCUCUUAUUAAAUUGCCAUCAAAUUUCUCAUUCUUAACUCCUCCAAUUGAUGACAUUGUUGUCUUGCAAACAUAAGCUCAUAUUCAUCAUUUUUUUCCUCCAUUGGCGAUUUCGGAGCUACUGCUGAUCCUUAGCAGAUUACUCCAUUUUUCUAGUAUGAACUUUUAUUGAACAGAACAGAUACUAGAUUGGGGCGCGACGAAGUUGAUUAAUUUAUUGAUCAAUGAACUAGCAUUCCUUUGAUGUGAA